AUGACACCUGAAAACUCUCCACCAUCUCUCAUACAACUUCCCACUUUCAUCUUCUUCUUCUGCACAGUUCUUCCACGAACUCAUUCCAGGGAUCACUCACUACCUUACGGUGAUUGCAGAUCUUCAUUUGAAUGUGGAAUAAUGAAAGAAUUAAGUUACCCAUUUUGGCGAAACCAACAAUCUCAUUGCGGCCGACAAGGGUUCGAGCUUCAAUGCCAACCACAUGAAUACCCAGUUAUAAACAUGGAAAACCAAACUUUCAUUGUCCUGGAAAUCGAACAAAACAGCCAGUGGAUGAAGCUUGCACGAUCAGAUGUUUGGAAUGGCACCUGCCCACUACUUGAAACCCAACUGAAUCACCCUCCUUUUAGUUUUUCCGCUACUGGGAUACGCAACCUCAGUAUCUUCCAUGGCUGUCAGGUAGGAAGCACUAUUUCAGAACAAGCAUAUAACUUUUCUUGCACUACCAAGAAUGGUAGCAUUGGUUACGAUUAUGUUCUAUGGAAAGCAUUUACCGGUCCUGCAAAGCUAUGUUAUUUGCAAUUUACGGUUCCAGUUCUCAUCACGGCUUAUGAUCAGCUGGUUCAUAGAAGCCUGACACUCAAAGAAGCUUUGAAUGAAGGUUUUAUUGCUGUUUAUCACUUUGAAGAAGAGGAGUUUUGCAGAAAGUGUAGGACAUCAAGGGGAACAUGUGUACGAAGCAUGAAUGCCACACAGGUUCUUUGCUUUUGUGAUAACGGCGGUCUACAGAAGACGCCAUGCUUAAAACAUGGCAAAUCUCUGCCUUUUUGUUUAUCAGCUGUGAGAUCUUAA